AUGUGCAAACCCGUACUCAUACGGCACCGGACGGCCGAAGAGGUGAAGAAAGAGAGAGCGCAGGCGAAGGAGGAGCUCCGGGACCCCCAGACCGACGAGGAGCGCGCGUACGCCCACCCCUCUGGCAAAUGGCUGGUAGUGAUGGCCAACUGUACGCACUUGGGUUGCAUACCGAUCGCCAAUCAGGGCAAUUGGGGCGGCUUUUACUGUCCCUGUCAUGGCUCCCAUUAC